GCCGGAAGUAGUUCAGAGCAGCCGGAACUGGUUGUAAAGGUCCAUGGUUUUGCGCCUGAAUUGAGAUAAGGUCUCUGUCCCUAAAUGCUGGACAUCUAAACUCCAUCCUCUGAUCUGUCCUGUGCUGAUAUUUCGUCUGCUGUCGGCUUCAUAACUGGACAAGAUGGAGCAGAACAACAGCUUGCCUCCGUUCCAACAAAGCAUUGCGUCGCCUCAGGGCGCUAUGACGCCUGGUUUGCCCAUCUUUAGUCCAAUGAUGCCAUAUGGUACAGGGCUUACACCACAGCCAGUACAGACCACCAACAGCCUAUCACUCUUAGAGGAGCAACAGAGGCAACAGCAGCAGCAGCAGCAGCAGGUGGCAUCUCAACAGCAGGGUGGGAUAGUGGGAACAUCAGGCCAAACUCCUCAGCUUUAUCACUCACAAGCAGUUUCCACCACCACAGCACUGCCAGGAAACACCCCUCUCUACACAACCCCUCUAACACCCAUGACCCCCAUCACUCCCGCCACACCUGCCUCAGAAAGCUCUGGCAUCGUCCCUCAACUACAAAAUAUUGUCUCAACUGUGAACUUAGGAUGUAAACUUGAUCUGAAGACAAUAGCCCUGCGAGCCAGGAAUGCUGAGUAUAAUCCUAAGCGUUUUGCGGCCGUCAUCAUGCGAAUACGAGAGCCCAGAACAACUGCUCUGAUUUUCAGUUCAGGCAAGAUGGUUUGCACGGGAGCUAAGAGUGAGGAGCAGUCUCGUCUGGCUGCCAGGAAGUACGCAAGAGUAGUGCAGAAACUCGGUUUCCCUGCCAAAUUUCUAGACUUCAAGAUUCAGAACAUGGUUGGAAGUUGUGAUGUCAAGUUCCCAAUCCGACUGGAGGGCCUGGUUCUCACCCAUCAGCAGUUCAGCAGUUAUGAGCCAGAGUUAUUCCCUGGUUUAAUCUACAGAAUGAUUAAGCCCAGAAUUGUGCUUUUAAUAUUUGUUUCAGGGAAAGUUGUACUCACAGGUGCAAAGGUGAGGGGUGAAAUCUAUGAAGCAUUUGAAAAUAUAUAUCCUAUCUUAAAAGGAUUCAGAAAGACAACAUAAUCCUGUUGACUUGCACCUUUUUCUUAUUGUACUUGUUUGAGGGGACUUACUAGGAGUUUACUAGGACAUCCGUUCUCUUAAGUUUUGUUUAAUUAUAUGUAAAUACUAAUGUGUUUUAUUCACGGCUAGUGAAUAGAAAACUUUUUAUUAUUGUUUUAAAUUUUUUUUUUUAUUAUUCAGUCCACAAUCUUACCAGAAUCUUUUAAUGGUUUUUACUGUAUGUGUGUGUGUGUAUAUAUAUAUAUAUAUAUAUAUAUAUAUAUAUAUAUAUAUAUAUAUAUAUAUAUAUAUAUAUAUAUAUAUAUAUAUAUAUAUAUAUAUAUAUAUAUAUAAAAUUUCCCCACAUUCCUAUGAGUAGGCAUGUUCUUUUUAGGAUAAUUUCUGGGAAGUGCUGGACUGACAAGAUACAAGAAAAGUGUUGGAAAUAUUUAUCAGGAUGUAAAGUGUUAAACAUUACAGCAUUAACAGUGUGCCUGGAUCACUUAAAGUUCAUUUGCCCCCAGUGGAAGGUAUGUGUGGAAAGUUGUACAGGUUGGUUGAAAAUCAGUGAAGUUUCUGUGUUUGCCGGCCUGGAUUAUUUUGUUAAGGCAGCUGUGCAGUAUGCUAAGAACUGCUUUUGUAACUUAAUUUCAUUGUAAUUUGUGAAAAUGUUACAAGUCUUCCACUUAACCCUUAUAAUGAAUAUAAUGCUGUUUGCAUCCAUGUUAGUGUUGGCUCUUCAAAUACAUGGUGCAUAUUGAUAUCCAGUAGUUUUGCUGUAUUGUUAGCCAAGUGCACUUUCCUUCUGCACAGAUCACUGUAGACCUUUUGUCUUUUAAUGAAGGUUUUGGACUGGCAGACAACCUGACCUGUGAUUUGGUGUAGCUAGAUAUAUUCAUUAUAUGGGUUAUAUAAUCAGCUUCUUGUCAAGCACUGUUAAUGUUUUUUUGUUUCUUUUUUUGCAUCAGUUAUUGAUUUUCUCUGCAGCAAACAAAUAAAUAUUUCCUAUCCAUUUA